UCUUGCUCUCUCUCCCUCUCUCUGGUGUGGUGGAGCAGCCAACCUCGUGCCUUGUUCUUUGUCAUCCUCCUUUCUCUUUGUGUUGGAUUAGGAGCCUGUAGUGUGGUGGUGUGACAGACAGUCGGUGAGCCUGGCAGGUUAAGAGUUAAAGACAAUCUGCCCGGCUGCUGAGGAGAGAGGGGGGCCGUGUUGGUUAUUUUAGUAUCGCACCACAGAAUUGGAGGGCCAGACGGGUGCAGGAGGGCUCAGAGUGACUGGGACAGUCAGUUAUACAGCUGGUACUGGACUGGGAUACAAUUGGGUUAUACUGGGAAAUAACUAAUAAUACUCGUCUGCUGUACUGGGAGAGAAGUCUGGACUAUAUUAUUGACAGAGUGCUGCUACUGUGUGAAUGGAUUAGACAAGGACUAAGACUGGACUAUAUUUAAACUGGACUAGAUUAGACUGGACUGGACUCAGGCAUAACUCUUUAACUGCGAGACUCGCUAAUACUGGUGAGCUUUACUGAGCUGGGCUGGACUGGCACAACGCUCUGCUACUGGAACUGCACGUCUACUGGAACAGUAGACCAGGCUAGAGAGUGGGGUCUGGAUACUGGUAGACAGAAUAAAGGGUUACUAGGAGACAGCUGCUUCUGGACCGGUGUUAUACUGGGAACAGUGGGAGGACUGGGAGAGACAAACUCACUCAGUGCCUCAUGAUCUGAGUCCCAAGGAGAAACAGGAGUUGGAGAGCAUACGCCGCAGGAAACAAGAACUACUGCAGGACAUACAGAGGCUGAAGGAUGAGAUAGAAGAGGUGACGAAUGAAAUUGACAACCUGGGCAUUACCAAAGAGAGAAAAAGCAUGCAGAGAAACAAGCAGGUGUCCAUGGGCCGUAAGAAGUUCAACAUGGACCCCAAGAAGGGGAUCCGGUUUUUGAUUGACAGCGGUCUGCUGAAGAACACCAGCAAUGACAUCGCCCAGUUUCUCUAUAAAGGGGAGGGGCUUAACAAGACCGCCAUCGGAGACUAUCUGGGGGAGAGAAAUGACUUCAAUCUUGAGGUUCUACAUGCCUUCGUGGAGCUGCAUGAAUUCACAGACCUCAACCUGGUCCAGGCCCUCAGGCAGUUCCUUUGGAGUUUCCGGUUGCCAGGCGAAGCUCAGAAGAUCGACAGGAUGAUGGAGGCAUUUGCCCAGAGAUACUGUCACUGUAACCCUGGGGUCUUCCAGCACAGCGAUACGUGUUAUGUGUUGUCGUUUGCUGUGAUCAUGCUGAACACCAGUCUCCAUAACCCCAAUGUGAAGGACAAACCCUCCCACCAGAGAUUCAACGCCAUGAACAGAGGAAUCAACGAUGGAGGUGACCUGCCUGAGGACCUACUCAGGAACCUGUAUGAGGGUAUAAAGAACGAGCCCUUUAAAAUUCCAGAGGAUGAUGGGAAUGACCUCACACACACUUUCUUCAACCCUGACCGGGAGGGCUGGCUACUCAAAAGAGGAGGAGGGCGUGUGAAGACAUGGAAGAGACGAUGGUUCAUUCUCACAGACAACUGCCUGUACUACUUUGAGUACACUACUGAUAAGGAGCCUAGGGGUAUCAUCCCUCUGGAGAAUCUGAGUAUUAGAGAGGUGGACGACUCCAAGAAACCAAACUGUUUUGAGCUGUUCAUCCCUGACCACAGGGAUCAGGUGAUCAAGGCAUGUAAGACCGAGGCGGACGGACGUGUUGUCGAGGGCAACCACACUUUCUAUCGAAUCUCCGCCCCCACAGCCGAGGAAAAGGAGGAGUGGAUCACCAGCAUAAAAAAUGCCAUCAGCAGGGACCCCUUCUACGAGAUGCUGGCAGCCCGGAAGAAGAAGGUGUCUGCCCUGACAAGUCUGUAGAAAAGACCCAGGCUCCAGCACUUCAGCAGGAGGAGCAGUCCUCACUCUAUUCUACAGCCCAGUGUUUGUGCCCAUGGACCUGAACUAAAGGACCUAUGGAACUGUAUACACAAGAAAGCAGACGAUCCCCAAAGCCUGUUGGAAGUCUAGGUGGACGGGGUCAUCAUAUUGAUUUUGUUUUCAUCAGAUUCAUAAACACUGGAGGGGAAGGAUUAUGAAGGGGCACAGGGUUGGGACAGGAAUGCAGAGAGGAUUAAUGUCCUUUUUCAGCGCCCUCUUCAGGAAGUUACAUAAUGCAAUAUUAUGCUUUGAUAAAAAUUAACAGAGAAAGGCAACAUUAACCUAUUUUUACACAAACCUCUUUUUCUGAGGGUUCUUGUCAUAGUGCUGUUGUAACUACAGAACAUUUCUUUCUGAAUGGUUCUCAUAACAAACCACCACUGUUUCUCCUCUCUCUCUGUCUCUCUGUAUGUCUCUGUAUGUCUGUGUGUUUCUCUCGCUGUCUCUCUCUCUCCGUCUCUCUGUAUGUCUCUGUGUGUGUUUGUCUCACUGUCUCUCUCUCUCUGUCUCUGCUUCUCUCUUUCUUUGGUUCCAUGUUUGUUUAAAUGUGUCCAGGUAAUUGAUAGGAAUUGCCAGUGUCUGACCUCACGAUGCAAUAUCACGCUACUUAGGUGCCGAUGCGAUUCUCACGAUUCUAUAUGUAUUGAGAUUCGAUACUGCAAUUCGAUAUAAUAUUCCAAACAUAUUUCUCAGGAUAUGUCUGCUUCAGAGGGACAAGAGAGCCAUGAGAUAACGAGUUUUGAUCAGUCAUGGAAAUGAAAGUGCUGAAAACAAAUUGGCUCCCCAUUUCAAAAUAAGAUGGAGAACAAGCUAUAAAGGAGUUUUGGUGCAGAUUAAGCCAACUAGCGCAACAGUAAUAUUGCCAUAUUGUCAAAACGAUAUGAUACAUCAUCAAAAAUAAUAUCCCGAUAUGUAACCGUACCGAUUUUAUUGGGGCGGCAGGGUAGCCUAGUGGUUAGAGCGUUGGACUAGUAACUGGAAGGUUGCAAGUUCAAACCCCCGAGCUGACAAGGUACAAAUCUGUCCUUCUGCCCCUGAACAGGCAGUUAACCCAUUGUUCCUAGGCCGUCAUUGAAAAUAAGAAUUUGUUCUUAACUGACUUGUCUAGUAAAAUAAAGGUAAAAUAAAAAAUAAAAAAUUGACACAUCACUAGUAAUUGGGCUGUCAGUGAGCCAGGGUUUGAGAUAUGGGAGCUGAGUAAUUGGGCUGUCAGUUUCGGGUUGAACUAUUCAGUCUUUUAUUCUGAUAUUGUGACAAUUAAAAGUACUUUUGUAGAAGCAGCAAUAUGUUUGCAGAGAAAGGAUUUGUUGAAUAAAUAAAAGACAUAAGGUCUAAGACCUUAUUACAGUGUUAUACAGUUGUGUGCUGUCUGUUACAAAUGUGUUAUAAGAUGCAUUUCUGUCAUAUCAAUGUGCUCUUUGGAGGGCUGUGAUUUUAGUUUUUAUAAUGGCAAAUCAAUUAAUCGACAAUGGUUUUGUUCUCAAUGUACUGAUUAUGAAAUGCAAGUCAAGCUUGAAUUAUAAGUUUAUUUACCUAUAAUGCACAUCAUUUAUUGUUUGUUUUGUAUCAUAAAGGUUUGUGCUGUUUAUACCCCUAUGCCAUCAUGUGUUUGUUCAUUUGAUUUCAGAUUCCCAAAAAUAAAUGUCCAAUGCUAGUCUCA